AGUCCGCGAACGACAUAGAGGUGAAUGGGGCUUUGUCCCAGGACUUGCAAACAAGGUGGAACAUGAACAUGCUGCGUCUGCUGCUGCUGGUGGCCCUCCUGUGUGGAGGGGAGUCUGCAGGCUCCCACUCGCUGCGUUACCUGUACACGGGGGUGACCCCGGGCUGGGGGGUCGCUGAGUUCACGGCGGUGGGAUACGUGGACGAGGAGCAGAUUGAUUACUACGACAGCGUGACACGGGUAAAGGUGCCGCGGCAGCGGUGGAUGGCGGACAGUCAGGGCCCCGACUACUGGGAGCGGGAGACACAGAAACGGAGGGGGUGGGAGCCGGUAUUCAAGGCCAACGUCCAGAUCCUGCAGAAGCGGACAAACCGGACCGUGGGGAUCCACACAGCCCAGAUGAUGUGUGGGUGUGAGCUGCAUGCGGACGGUUCCACCGCUGGGUUUUACCAGUUCGGCUGGGACGGAGAGGACUUGAUCAGCUUCGACAAGGAACACAUGGUGUGGGUGACUCCCGUCACCUGGGGGUUAAUCACCAAAUACAAGUGGGAACGGAACAAGGGGGCGCUCCAACAGGACAAGGCGUAUCUGGAGGACACGUGUAUCGAGUGGCUGCGGAAAUAUGUCCAGGCUGGACAGAGGCAACUCAGCCCGGGUGAGCCUCACUGUCCCCCCUCACUGUCCCUCCCUGGGAGCCGCGUGUGGUGUUUCACCACGGGCUUCUACCCGCGCUCCAUCGAGGUGAACCUGGUGCGGGACGGCCUGGUCCUGGAUGAGAGCCGCUCCCACGGGACGCUGCCCAACCACGACGGCACCUUCCAGCAGCGCCGCUGGGCCCACGUGGAGCCCGGAGACACGGCCCCGCUCUCCUGCCGUGUGGAGCACCCGGGGCUGUCCGAGCCCCUCGAGGUCUUCCUGGUCCGCGAGUCCAGCAACAAGAUGCCGCUCAUUGCGGUGCUCGUUGGCCUGGCGGUGAUGGCGGUGGCGGUGGCUGUGGGGGGAGUUCUCUACUGGAAGAAGAGACAAGCGGGGACCAGCGGCUACAAUCCCACCCUGUCCUGGGAGCGAGGGGAACAUUCAUCAAACUCCUCUGAUACAGCCUGAGAUCAUUGAUGUACAUGACAAACAACAAAGGACCCAACACAGAUCCCUGAGGCACCCCACUAGUCACCUGCCUCCAACCCGACAAACAGCCAUCCACCAUUACCCUCUGGCUUCUCCCAUUCAGCCACUGUUGAAUCCAUCUUGCUAUUCCUGCAUUUAUACCCAACAGUUUAACCUUCUUAACCAACCUUCCAUGAGGAACCUUGUCAAAGGCCUUACUAAAGUCCAUAUAGACAACAUCCACUGCUUUACCCUCGUCAAUUUCCCUAGUAACCUCUUCAAAAAAUUCAAGAAGAUUAGUCAAACAUGACCUUCCAGGCACAAAUCCAUGUUGACUGUUCCUAAUCAGACCCUGUUUAUCCAGAUGCUUAUAUAUAUUAUCUCUAAGUAUCUUUUCCAUUAAUUUGCCCACCACUGAAGUCAAACUAACAGGUCUAUAAUUGCUAGGUUUACUCUUAGAACCCUUUUUAAACAAUGGAACAACAUGCGCAGUACGCUAAUCCUCGAGGACUAUUCCCGUUUAUAAUGACAUUUGAAAUAUUUCUGUCAUAGCCCCGGCUAUUUCUACACUAACUUCCCUCAAUGUCCUAGGGAAUAUCCUGUCAGGACCUGGAGACUUAUCCACUUUAAUAUUUUUCAAAAGUGUCAGUACUUCUUUUACUUUGAAACUCAUAGUAUCCAUAGCUACUCUACUUGUUUCCCUUACCUCACAUAAUUCAAUAUCCAAAUGAUGAACUGUACAAUGCAAGGGCCAGGAAGUGAGCAGGCAAGAUCACCUCUGACCCCUCUCACCCUGGCCACAAACUCUUUGAACCACUUCUCACUGGAAGGUGACUCCGGACUGUCAAAGCUGCCACAGCCAGACAUAAAAACAGAUUUUAUCCACGAGUAGAUGCUCUACUCAACAGCCAAAAAUCUGUAGCCUCCCUUUGAUCUGGUAUUUUGUUGGUUCACAUGCUCGAUCAAUGGUGUUUUAUCAUUAAUGUUUUAUUAUUAUUAAUGUUUAGUGUUUUCCGAGAUUCGUAACUGUCACUGUAUGUCAUGUUGUUACUUGUGGGCGGAGCACCAAGGCAACUUCCUUGUAUGUGAAUACUUGGCCAAUAAACUUACUUACUAGCACCAA